AUGGGUUCACUCUCGUUCGACACUUCUUCGGCAUCGGUCUGCAUUGCGCUCGGCGUAGCUGCCUUUGUUUUCUACAAGCUGGCAACCAGACGGCGAUCGCUUCCAUUUCCGCCUGGACCGAAGGGCUGGCCAAUCAUAGGCAAUUUAUACGAUUUCCCGAACCAGGACCAAGCUCGCAAGUUCCGCGCUCUCUCUGAAGCGUAUGGGGACAUCAUGCACUUCAACGUGUUCGGGAUGCACGCCGUCGUGCUCAACAAGCCCGAGCACGCCAAGGCGCUCAUGGAAACCCGCUCAUCGAUCUACUCUGACCGGACAGGAUCCACGAUGUUCGAACUGGUCGGGUGGUACGAAUGGUCGAGCACGAUCUUCCAGUACGGCGCCCAGUGGCGCGCCCACCGACGUAUCAUGCACCAGGCGCUCCUUCCAAGCGCGCUUGAAAAGUUCGAGGACGUGCAGAUGCGAUCGACCGCGACGAUGCUGCGAGACUUGCUCGAGGAUCCAGAUCGCUUCGUGGAGCACAUCACGAUGGCAUUCGCGACAACCGCGAUGCGCAUCGCGUACGGGCUCGACCUCCCAAGCAUGGAGGAGAGUGACAAGAACCGGCACAUCAACGGACUCCGCUCGAUCUUGACGACCGGAACGGAGAUUCUCGUUCCGGGGAAGUACAUCGUGGACUUCUUCCCGCCCUUAAGGCACCUCCCGGACUGGAUGCCUGGCGCCGGGUUCAAGCGCACUGCAGCCGACAUCAAGAAGGAGGUCAAUGCCGUGCUCGUGAAUGUGUAUGAACGUGGGAAGCUUGAGACGGACAAGCAAUCCAUCGUCAACGAAGAAGUCUCAAAGAUCGCUUCUACGACAUUGACUAGAGACGAGUUGGCAGAGGCUGAGAGGAAAAUCUGGGGUGUCACUGGGACGCUGUACACAGCCGGCGCGGAGACCACCGAAUCCGCCGUCGAGGGCCUCUUCCUCGCUCUCGCUAUGCACCCUGACAUCCAAAAGCGCGCCCAAGCCGAGAUCGACGCCGUCGUCGGCCGCCUCCGUCUCCCCACACUCGCCGACCGCCCCUCGCUCCCGUACAUCGAUGCGCUCCUCCGCGAGCUCCUCCGUUGGCACGUCAUCGUCCCGACCGGGAUCCCGCACACGGCGACGCGCGACGACGAGUACGCGGGCUACCGCAUCCCGAAGGGCGCGCUCGUCAUCGCGAACAUCUGGGCGUACACGCGCGACCCGAAGUCUUCCCGGACCCGAGGAGCUCAGGCCCGACGCUUCCUCCGCGACGGCGAGUUCCACGUCGACCCCGCGGCGGACCCGUACGACUGGGUGUUCGGCUUCGGCCGCAGGAUCUGCCCCGGCCGCCACCUCGCGGACCGGACGCUCUUCCUCUCGUUCGCGUCGAUCUUGCACGCGUUCACGGUCACCCCGGGCGUGGACGCCGCGGGGCACCGCGCAAGCUCGAGGCGAGGUUCACGACGAGCGCGAUCACUUGGUGGUCGGCCCCUCGAGUUUGGCUGCGAGAUCAAGCCCCGCUGGGACGGCGCGCCGACUUGA